AUGGUUGAAUUUAACGAUGAAGACUGGAAUGAUCUUCCCGGCCGGAUUGAUUGGGUGAUUGAAAAGUUGAAACGGUUGGGUGAUGAUUAUUCUCCCGACGAGGUGGAAGUGGAUGAUCGAUUUCUGUUCCUGUGUCGAAUUAUAGCACAAAACGUGGACAUUUUGAAGCAACAGCUAAAAACGACCUACCACAGGGUGCCUUGGGAAGAAAUGGAAUUUUGUUUGUGUGCUUUCGUGUCUUCUUACACCAUCCGGGAUGAAAUGAACUUUUUCUACGCAGCAACUCUUACUAAAACAAGACUACUGAAACAUCUGAAGAAUUUUUUGGAAGAAAUUGAGAGCCUCAAGACUGAGAUGGGAAACAAAUCCGUUAAUGGCCAAACUAAAGCAACUCGUUCUCAAAACAUUGAAAACAUUCGAAAAAGGAACCCGGCUUUUGAGGGACUUUUCGCUGAUUAUAGUCAAAUCAAAGAAAUUUACUCACUAGUGCGUAUGAGCCGUUACGUAACGUUAGCUCUGACCGAAGAAACCGAAGACGAAGACGUACUUUGCCUUCUAUUCGAACGGGCUCUGCAGGUUGUCGGGGAGUAUUUGAACGAUUCGCCGCAGUCUCCGCAUCUGUCCAGGAAAGUAAGUGACUUGAUAUUUGAUAGUUUUCGCAAAGAACAGAGAAAAAUACUGGUAGAUAUGCGGAAUGAAUUAUCGCAUGCGAUAAUUAACAAAAUGUACAUAUUCGGCAAACGUGCCGAAGCUCGCCGAAGGAAGUUGGAUUUCAGGGAGGAUUUCUCCCGACUCAACGAACUCAUUCAGGGAGUCGUUUUCGAUAAGAAAUAUCAAAUGUUAAUUACGAUACUAAGAAGUGUGUCUGUCGAUGGCGAACAGUAUCCAUCGAAGCAGGCGGAGCUAACACGAAUUUUGGAAAACGUAGAAUUCAAGAAUUUUGAGUCAGAUUAUUUUAGUUCAAGGGUCGUCAAACUGGCAAUCAUUUUUAUUGAUAAUGUGAAAAAACACUCAUCAGAAUUAACGGAUUAUCAGAAGAAAGUGAUUCAACGAAUCGAAGAGAUUAAACCGAAGAUCGCAAUGUUAGAUAAGAUUAAAGCUGCUUUAGAACAAAUUCGAAAUGAAGAAGCCCAGCAGAAUCAGAACCAUUUCGAGAACCGACUGGAAACAUUAAGAAAAUUUUUUGCAACGGAAGACGAAAACAUUGCAAGCUCUGCUCUCGAAACGGCUUUGCUUGAUAUUUCAGCAUAUUUGGAAGAAAUACGGUUUCUGUUCGAUAGGGGAGCGCGGAGCACUGCCGCCUGUCUCGAGAAAAACUGCCCAGUUUUGACAGGAAAACAGAUGCGAAACUAUUUGGCUCACGGGAAUGCCCUGUGGAACAUUUUACCCUCCGAUCCGUUGGUUGCAGUUUUGAGCAAUAUUCAGGAAAUUUUGAACAAUCAACAAAAAGCAUCGGAUGAUCGCAUAAUCGCACAAACCUAUUCCAGUUUUUCCAAAUGGGAAGAAAAAGUGAACAUUAAAAUCGAAUCUCUGAUCAAUCAACAAAAAAUGUUUGCUGCUGCCGAAAGCGGCAAUGUCGAAGAAGUGAUCAACUGCCUAAAAAUCGGAGCAGACGAAGACGGGAGGGAUUUUAAAAAUUGGAACAUGUUUCACUAUGCCGCCAAGGGGAAUAGCUCGAAUAUUUUCAAAAAAUUCGAAACAAAUAAAAGUAUGCAGCAAUCGGAAGACACGGAAGGAAACCAACCGAUACACAUCGCGGCUCGGUACGGUAAUCUGGAAAUAAUAGAACUCUUGAUGAAGGAUACGACGGUCGAAAAUCUAAACCUAAUGAACAAGGAUGGAAUGACUCCCUUACACUUUGCAGCUCUGAAUGGCUAUACCGAAGUAGUUAAAAUUCUACUGAACAAUGGUGCAAAUAUAGAGGCUCUUAACAUGGUCGGUGUGACAGCAUUACACUUAGCGGCACUGAACGGCCAUACAGAAGUGGUUGACAGUUUGCUGACCAUAGGUGCGAAUGUAGAUGCUGCUAAUAAUUUCGGUGGAACACCAUUGCACUUCGCAGUCCAGAAUGGUCAUGCGGAAGCAGUUCGCGUUUUACUGGCCAAGGGUGCGAGUGUAGUUGCCGUUCUUAAUCACAGUGUGACACCGUUGCAUAUUGCAGCGCAGAGUGGUUAUGCGGAUAUAGUUCGCAUUUUACUGACCGAAGGUGCGAAUGUAGAUGUUGGUGCUGGUGGCUUUGGUACUCCGUUGAAUUUUGCUGCGAAUAAUGGUCAUACAGAAGUAGUUACCAUUCUACUGAGCGAAGGUGCAACUGCCGAUGCUGCCAACAAUGCCGGUUUUACGCCAUUGCACUUGGCGGCACAGAGUGGCCACACAGAGGUAGUAAAAAUUUUACUAACCAAAGUUUCGAACAUAAAUGCUACUACCGAGCACCGCAUGUCACCUUUGCACUUUGCCGCUUCAAAUGGUCAUUUAGAAGUAGUUAAAAUUUUACUGACCAAAGGAGCGAAUAAAAAUGCUACGAAUAGAAACGGCUUGUCAGUACUCCACUUCGCAGCAAAUAAUGGCCAUGCAGAAGUAGUGGAACUUCUACUGACCGAAGGUGCGAAUGUAGAUGCAACUAACAUCGACGGUUGGACAGCACUGCACUUUGCAGCAGACCGUGGACAUACAGCAGCGGUUACGAUUUUACUUAUCAAAAGUGCGAAUGUAGGUGCUACUUUAAAAGACGGUUGCACACCGUUGCACUUGGCUGCACAGAACGGCCAUACAGAAAUAGUUACCAUUUUACUAACCAACGGUGCAAACGUAGAUGCUGAAUGUACCAACAGAGCAACACCAUUGCUCAUGGCAGCAAAAAACGGUCAUACAGGAGUAGUCACCAUUUUAGUAAACAAAUGUCGGAAUGUAGAUGCUGCUACUAGUGACGGUGAGACACCAUUAUACAUUGCAGCACAAAAUGGUCACAUAGAAGUAGUUGAGAUUUUGCUGACUAACGGGGCGGAUGUAGAUGCUUCGGAACGUGACGGUGUGACGGCUUUGCACAUCGCAGUACAGAAUGACCAUGAAGAAGUAGUUAACAUUCUACUGACAAAAGGUGCGAAAAUAGAAGCUGCUGAUAAGAACGGUGAAACACCAUUGCACUUUGCAGCAAACAAUGGUCGUACGGAAAUAGUUAAUAUUUUGCUGGCGAAAGGUGCGAAUAUACAUGCGACAAAUGUUUACGUUUCGACAUCAUUGCACAUUGCCGUACUAAAUGGCCAUAACGAAAUAGUCAGUAUUUUACUGACCGCAGGUGUGGAUGCAAAUGCUACCAAUAAGGCCAAUCAGAAGCCAUUGCACUUAGCUGCACUGAAGGGUCACAGUGCGAUUGUUAGCAUUCUGCUUUCCAAAGGUGCGAAUGUAGAUGUUACUUUAAAUGACGGUGGGACACCGUUACACAUUGCAGCAUUUCACGGUCAUACAGAAGUAGUCAUUAUUUUACUAUCCAAAGGUGCAAAUGUAGAUGCCAUUACGAAGCGCGGUUUGACAGCAUUGAAUCUUGCUGCACAUAAGGGUCAUGCUGAAGUGAUUCGCACAUUGCUUACAAACGGUGCGAAGAAAGACGCUACUGACAGUGACGGUUUAAAACCGGUUGACCUAGCAAAACAAAAGGAUCACGAAGAGGCGGUUAACACUAUGCUAUCGAAUCACUCGAAGCUUUCGCCAGCAUGCGAUAGUAGCUGUCAACUUCAAAACGAAAACUGA